AUGGGUUAUAUUGGAAUGCCACUUCAAGGAGGUUCAAAUACCUCACCAAUGCAGCCAGUCUCUCUCUCAAACGCUGUGACUUAUGCGAAUAGACCAGUCAGUUACUUGCAAUCAUCUAAUGAUCAGCAGUUGAAUCACAUUCAGCCACACCAAUCCACAAUCCCUGGUCAUAAUAUGCAAGCAGGAAAUGUACCACCUCGUUUUGUUCAGCAAGGGUAUGGUCAGAUGUUAACUCAACCCUACACUGUAAUGAGUGGUCCUUAUACUGGAAUGAGUCAUCAACAACCACCUCUCAUUUCAAAUGUAUCAAACCAACCUCCCAUUCAUGUCUAUUCUCAGGUUGAAACAAGACCUAAUGCUCCGUUUGUAAAAGUUAGAAUUAUCAACAUUCCAAAGUCGGAAGAUCUUUCAAAUGUCCUAGCAUUGUUGAAACAAGCUGUUCCUUGUUUGCAUGGUAAUAUUGACAAAGAAGAGAAAGUCCAGCCGAAACAAAGUUCAAACUAUCCUAACACUUAUUUUAUUAUCUUGUUGAUCAAGGAUGCAGCUGUUGCGGAGGCCUUGGUAAGACAAACCAACAAAAUUCGUAUUGGGAAUUUCAAUUUGCGCAUAGAUGUUGACAAAGGGACGACUUCAAAUGCUCACACCACCACGACACAAAAAAUUGUACAACCAUCUCUUGUCCAUCCAUUCACCAUUCCACAAGACGCCACAACUAUCCAGUUGGAUCUUGUAAAGAGCACUCUUUGCAAUUAG